AUGGAUCACGAGCCGACUAGAAGCUCCUCCACCGACAGCACAUGUUCCCUCAAGCGGUCCAACGCCGUGUACCGCCGUGGGAGCUCGCUAGACAACAUCCCAAUCCCGACCGUUGAAGCACCCGAGGAGUACUUCACUGAGGAGCUAAUCAUGAGCCCGCUGUCCUUCUCGCCCAGCAGCAGCGACAGCGACUCCCACUACGGCUUCGACGAGCACAGCGAAGAGACCCUGCCCGACGAGCUGUGCCCGCCCGGCCGCAUGAACUGGGACGCCGUCAUCGACCUGCCCGAGUAUAUCCAGGCCUGGGCCAAGAUCGGCAUGACGGCGUGCGAGAUCGGGCAGAAUCUGCAUCGCUUCGUCUACGGGCAGGACGCGACGCUGUCGAACCUAGUCACGACCGGCGUCGGCUCCUCGACGCCCUACUUUGAGAUUGGAAACGCGGUGAUGCGGAACCUGGACCUGCGCGACGCCGAAGGCCGCCUGCUCCAUGAACAAGUCCCCAAUGGCGACGAGACCUUGAGGGCGCUGCCGGAGAAGGAAAAGGGUCUCGAUCAGUUGGCGGCGUUUGCGGCUGCAACCUCCGGGGACACGGUUGGGGGGCUGGGCUCUGGGAGUCCCAAGUUCGAGGUGUGUGCGAAGCCGAAGCGCGUUCGGUUUGUCGAGCCGGAAUCGCCGCUGCGGUCUCGGAGUGCGAGUAUCUGUGGGGCUUUUGACGAUGAAGCCUCUUACGAUGCCUCUGGCGAGAGCUGA